AUGGUCUCUUUCACCAAGCUUUUCACCGCCGGCCUAGUCGCCACUUCUGCUAUGGCCGCCCCCAUGGAGGCCAAGCGUGCCUCCUCCGGCAAGCGUGGUGCCGCCUACAACGACAUCACCACCGUGUCUGCUCUGACUAGUGCUGGCUCUAUCUCGUGGGCCUACAACUGGGGCGGCUCCGUCUCUGGUUCGCUCCCCACAAACGUCGAGUUCGUCCCCAUGCUCUGGGGCCCCAACUUUUUCGGCGGCUGGGUUACCGCCAUCGAGAGCGCUUUGUCCAGCGGCAGCAGCUACAUUCUGGGAUUCAACGAGCCCGACAUGGCUUCGCAGGCUAACAUGAGCCCCUCGGAUGCUGCCAGCUACUACAUGACCUACAUCACCCCGUACUCCGGCCAGGCGAAGCUGAUUUCGCCCUCCGUCACCUCCUCCACCGACACCGGAGCUGGCCUUAGCUGGUUCGAGUCUUUCAUCGGUAGCUGCAGCAGCUGUGGUAUCUCCGGUCUGGCCGUUCACUGGUACGGCAACACUGCCGACGAGUUCAAGUCCUUCGUCACCCAGGCCGUCGAUACUGCUUCCAAGUACAACCUGUCCGAGGUUUGGAUCACCGAGUUUGCUCUCAACGCUGAUAUGAACGGCGCUAUGGAUGCGUCUGCUACUGCUGCUUUCCUUAACGAGGUUAUCCCUUGGUUGGAUUCGCAGACAGGCGUCGCUCGCUACUCUUACUUCAUGUGCGCUGAGAACUACUUGCUCAGCGGCGGCACUCCCAACCAGGCUGGCCAAGCUUACAUCUCUGCAUAA